CACAAGUUGGAGAAGAUGAAAGAGGGAAGCUGGAUGGGAGCUGAUGGAGGUGUCGCCUGAACCACUGCCCCACAUCUACAAGGGUACAGAAGAAAUGGUGCUCAGAUAACACCUAGGCAACAAGAGAAGGGAAAAAAUAAAAUGACAGACUUUACUUUGAAGCUGAAAGUGCUGAGAACAGUCUCUUGGGUGCCUGAAUAUUGGCUCUGCGUCUGAAGCUCCUGAAACUUUUCUCACUGCAUAUAUAUGUAUAUAGUACACAAGUGCUUAGCCCAAGCAUGAGAAUUAUUGGAAUCCUCUGAUAAGACAAAUUUGAACUGCAGUGGGAGCUCUGUGUAGGAAGAUGCAGCCUUUGAACAAGUUGACGGCUAUCUCAAAACCUCAAAACCUGGCUCCUCAUGAACAAAGUGAGGUCCUGAGAGCAGAUGUGUCUUGGCAGCAGGAAUCCAUCCCAGUCGUGGAGACAGAUGACUGUGAAGCCUCUCGUCUAAAGUUCAGACAUUUCCAGUAUUUAGAAGUGUCUGGGCCUCAUGAAGCCCUGAGCCAACUCUGGGAGCUCUGUCUUCAGUGGCUGAGACCAGAAAUUCACACAAAGAAGCAGAUCCUAGAGCUAUUGGUACUGGAACAAUUCCUGACAAUUCUCCCUGAAGAAGUCAGGACUUGGGUGAAUUUACAACAUCCAAAGAACAGCAAGGAAGUGGUGAGCCUCAUAGAGGAUGUGAUUGAUAUGCUUAAGGAUGAAGGUAUAACCUGCAAGGAUUCUGCCCUACUCCAGAAGGGGAGCAUCAAGAAAGAAAAAAUGGAAGCUGACUCACUAACAGGCAAAUCCCAGGAACCAGUGACAUUCAAAGAUGUGGUUGUGGAAUUCAGCGAGGAAGAGUGGGGGCAACUGGACCCUGCUGUAAAGAACCUGUACAGGGAUGUGAUGCUGGAGAACUAUAGGAACCUGAAUUCAUUGCAUAAAGAGCAUCUACUUUCCAAACCAGUUGAGACCUCCAGGUUGGAGAGCAAGGAAAAAAGUUGGAUAAUGGAGCAAGAAAUUCUAAGAACAACUGUUUUUGACAGAGAGAUAAUUUCAGAAAAUCAGGAUUUAGUUCCAAAGCAGAGAAUUUCUGGAGAAGAAUCAUCCCAUGCAGUGAUUAUGACAAGACUGACUGAAAGUGGACAUCCUCCUUUAGAUGCCUGGAAAAGUGAUGAUUGGUUAUAUAGGAACCAGGAACACUGGGACAUAAAUUUGCCACAAGAAGCUUUCGUUCAUAAUGCAGUCUACACUGAGGAGGCAGACUUUGAAUAUAGUGAAAAUAAGAAAAGUUUUGAUGUUAAGUCAGUUAACUCAACUUUUGACACACAACAGGGAGUUCCUGUGAGAAAGGGUUCCCCAAAGUGUGAUCAGGUUAAAACUAACUUCGAAUUUAAUUUAGACUCAGUAGGUAAGCAACAUUCAGAAUAUAACGGAUGUGGGAAUGCCUUGAACUUGAGUACAGAUACUCAGCACCCAAAAAGUCAUGCCACAGUGAAUUCCUAUGAAUGUUAUCAAUGUGGGAAGGCCUUCAGCCGCAGUUCAUCUCUUGUUCGACAUCAGAUCAUUCACACAGGAGAGAAACCCUAUAAAUGCAAUGAAUGUGGAAGAUUCUUCAACCGACGUACAAACCUUACUAAGCAUCAAAAAAUUCACACUGAAGCAAAGGCCUCCGAAGGCAAUCAAUAUGUAAAACCUCUCAGUCAGCCUGAAGACAGUAAUAAAAAUCCAAGACUCUGUUUUGCAAAUAAUCCCUAUGAAUGUGUUAACUGUGGAAAAUCCUUCACCCGGAGCUCCUCACUUAUUCGACAUCAAGUGAUUCAUACAGGAGAGAAACCAUUCAAAUGUAAGGAAUGUGAGAAAACCUUCAACAGGAGUUCAAACCUGAUUAAACACCAAAAACUUCAUACUUGA